AUGGAGGGGGAGGUCGAGGUCGAAGAAGAAGAGGUUGCUUACAAACCUGUACGAGAAAAAAAACAAAUCAUUUUCCUACCAACAAGUUCAUUCAAAGAAAUACCGGACUAUGCUGGUGCACCAAUUGAAAAUCACAAGUUCUACUUCAAGAAGAACAAGGAAAUCAAAGAGCGCUUGAACAACAACGCUUAUGUAACAGAUAUCAUUGGCUUCAUGUAUGGAAUGGGAAGUAUUGAAAAGGUUAACGUGAAUGGAACUUCAGUGGACAAGUUGGAAUUAAAAAUCGACAUAGAAAGAGACUGUAGAAUGAAUACAACUCUGUGGGCAGAUAAGGCGAACACCUUUGUCGACUUAAUAUCGAGUUUAAAAAAAGGCCCUUACGUUGUUGUCGUUACUCCAACGAUUGUCAAGAAAUUUAUGGGUGAAAUCUGCCUCUCCUCUACUUCUGCAAGUAAGACAUACGUAAACAUAGACACACAAGAGACUCGAGAAAUACUUGCAAUAUUUGGUAUGGAUCAAUCAUCGUUUAUGCUGCUAGAUGCAAAAAUUCCAUCAUCUUUGCCGCUGGAACAACAGAUGACAGAAAAUAGGAAGACAAUUAACGAAUUGACUACCAUGGAACCUACAAAAGAAAACAACAAUUCAGUCAUUGUUACUCUCGAAGCAAUGAUAUCAGAGAAUGAUCAAUGCAAAAAUAAUAACUUUCACAGCUACAAGGUUGAAUUAUUAGUUGUUGACAACACUGGUGAAACAACGCUAACAAUGUUCGACAGAGAAGUUCAUCAAAUCAUUGGCGUUUCAGCGACCCAGCUAAUUGGUCAUUACGGGGUUAUAAGUCGUAACAAACGACCAAUAGUACAUUCAGAAAUAAGUGUUGAGGUUGUUGGUGCAUCAAGAGAUUCUCCUGCUCAACAUAUAUUUCAUAGCGAGGAUAGUAGGUCGAUUGAAGAAAUUUCAGAGGACAAACCAGCAGACAAUGAUGGAGGGAUGUCCGCUAAUAGUACUUUGCCAGACAAAAUCAACAAGAAGAGAUACAAGAGAAAGAAGCCAAACAUUGAUUCAUAUUAG